AGAAAGAAAAAGGAGAGCAAGGUCCGACGGUUCCCGGCUUCCCGCUUCUCGCAUCUGGCACUCAAUUUUUGGUGGCGCGAAAAGCUCGAAUUCGCGGGAAAAAACAGAACCCCGCUCGAUCUAAUCUCUCUCAUCACCCUAACCCGAUCCGAUCUAUAGCUAAGUUGACGCGCCGGAACUUACUCCGCCUCGCUGCGAUUCGGAACCAAAAAGAUGUUCGGAAGGCUGAGACCGCCGUCGUCUUCGCUUGACAGCUUGGAAAUGGAGAGGUCCCAUUCCAAGUUCUUAAAGGACGAUUCUCUCUCCGUCUACGAAGCUACGCUGAUGAAGCUCAAGCUAGGUUCUCAACGUGCCGUACUCUUGCCUCCUCACCCUGACGAUCCAAUGGACGCCGAAACCGACAGCGUCUCUUCUUCUUCUUCGACUCCUUUAAUCGGUACUUCUCCCGGGUUCAAUUCCACCAUCCCACUAAACCCCGCCAACUCUACUUCCCAACCACCGACAACAGCGGCUGGAAGUUGUGCGUCUUUCACCAUUUCUUCAUCUUCAAGUGAUGCUACCGAACUGAAACACCAGGUUUCAGUUCUUCAACUUUUCUCCAAGUACAAAGUGUCUCGACAAGAAGAAUCGAUCUCGUCUGGUAGAGGUAUUCCUACAAUGACCAUGGACUACGGUGUGUCUGUAAAUAACUCCCCCAGCUCUGUGGGUUUUCCAUCCUCUAUAUGACUUUGGGAGGCGGCGGCAGCAGCAGCAAUGGCUAUUCUGCAGAUUGAUCCUUCAGUUUUUGAAUCCCUUGUCAAAUGUACGAUUUAGAUUUGUACCCAGAAGCUGAUUCUAUGUUUCAGCAUUGUUUCAGUUCUUUACUUUUGCUUCUACAGCGCUUACGAGAGGCAAACACUACUUGCUCUGCAUUCUUGUAUUCAUUCUAUCCAAAAUAUUGCUUAUGAAAGGCAAUGACAUAUUUUGCCCAAACUCAUCCACCAUGUUUAUGUCUAUGGUAGAUUUAGGGGUUCUAAAUGCACCAAAAAUCUGGUGUGUAUCCACUCCGACCAAACAGAUUACUAUUUUGUACAACAGACAAGGUAGAGAGAAAGCGAGCAUUUGCAUCUCUUGCAUAUAGAAGCAGAAAAAGGAGCACACAACAUCUUCUUGCAUAGUACGCAUCUUUCACAUAACUCAUUGCAAUUUUUCAAGUCCCAAAAAGAAGUCAAGACUGCCGUUGCCUACAUCUUUAAUCCCACAUUUGGUUCUGAAAUCAAAGCUGCAGUAGGCA